AUGAACAGAAAAGCGAGCCCGAAACGUUUGGGUAGGCUUAAGAGACUUUUUAAGCGCAAUGCAUCAUCGCCGCCUUCUUCUAGACAGCGCAUAGCUAAUGUACACGGUCCGAGACCACCUUCGAGCAGCACGGCAGUGGCAAAGGCAGCCGAGCCAACAGAGCAGCAACAACACACAAGCCUUUCAAAAUCUCAGGACUUAUGGAUCGCUGCCUUCGAAGAUCUCGCUCAGCGCCAAGAUACAGCAAGGCUCGUCAGGGCUUACAUAAAGACCCUGACGACAGUCCUCACGACCAGGCUUUCUGACGCUGAAGUUUUGGCAUGCCUAGACGAUCGGGCUAAACUACAGGGCCUCAUGAAGGAGCUAGUGGAGGAUGGCCAGGCGAAGCUUUCCAAGAGGUCGAAUACCGCGAAUGCAGUGAGCGCUGUUACGCAGUUUGUUGUUUCGGUGAAGGGAAUCGUCGAUGCCGCCGUUCAACGCAUCCCGCAGGCCGCGCUUCCGUGGGCUGGUGCUUCUAUCGGAUUGCAGAUUCUCAUGAACCCUGCCAACGCCGCAAAAUCCAACCUUGAUGGCAUAGCUCAUGUUGUCUCUAGAAUGACAUGGUAUUGCGCCCUGACCGAAAACCUCUUGGAAAAGGAUCACGUUGACGAACUCGAAUCAAUUCGGCCUCAAUUGGAAACGAAGAUUAUUUCGCUUUACAAGGUUCUCCUUCUGUAUCAAAUGAGAAGCGUAUGCUCUUACUACAGGCACCGAGGCUAUGAGUUCCUCCGAGGCCUUGCGAAUUGGGAUCAUUGGGAACACGAUUUAAAUACCAUUAAAGAAACGGAAGAUGCCCUUUGCAGCGAUCUGGACCGUUACAUAAAGGUUCGGGAGAAAGACAUGAUGGGGCAACUCCUUCAGCAUGCCACAAAAACAAACGAGCUGCUUGGGAGUUUCCAUCAAACUCUUCAAGACUUUGUCUUUUUUCAGAAGAGCAACGUGGAUGAGAAGAAUAAGCAAUGCCUAAGAGAUCUCUUCGUGGUAGAUCCCCAAGAUGACAUGAAGAAAAUUGAGAGAAACAAAGAUACGUUACUCAGCGAGGCAAACGAGUGGAUCUUCCAAAUGGAGGAAUACCAAGCAUUUACGGAUUGGAGCAGCACCGACUCUGCGCCACCAUUAUGUCGAUUACUAUGGAUUAAAGGCUCUGCAGGUACAGGCAAAACGAUGCUUCUAAUGGGCAUCAUCCGCGAGCUUAUGAGCCACUCCGCUACAUUGACACCCAAAGUUUCUUUUUUCUUCUGCCAAGGCACGGUCAAGUCUUUAAAUACCGCUACAGCCACCCUGAGAUCUCUGAUAUGGCUGCUUCUCGUACAGCAACCACAUCUGAUGUCUCAUCUGAAAUCAAAGCAUGAUAAUGCAGGUGCUUCCCUUUUUGAAGGCGAUGGGGCAUACUUUUCUCUGAAUGGUGUGUUUGAGAGUAUUUUGCAAGAUCCGAAGUUAUCUCCGGUGUAUCUUGUGAUUGAUGCUCUUGAUGAGUGUGAGCAGGGCCUAGGCGAUCUCAAAAGGCUUAUUUUAACUUCUCUAAAGAUCUCUGAUAAAGUGAAGUGGCUCGUCUCAAGCCGUCCAACGGUUGAUCUUAAAUCUCCAGAAACGGAAGGCUCGUUGGUCGAACUCGAUUCCCAGAAACUGCAAAAUCCAGUCAAUACGUUCAUCGACCACAAACUUUCCAUGUUGAAGGCUAGACCAGGAUAUACUGACGAGAUUUUGGAACAACUGAAGAAGGAAAUUAUCCAACGAGCAGAGAAUACGUUUCUUUGGGUGGCUUUAGUGUUCAAGGAACUUGACAAAGAGGAUGGGUACCAAAUCGUCGUUGACGGAAUGUACGCUCUCGACAUUGUUAGGGAAACACCUUCCGGCCUAUCGCAGUUAUACGACUAUAUUAUGCACAAGAUUGAGAAGGGAUUGAGAAAAGACUGUGAGUAUUGUAAAAACGUGCUCAUAGCUGCUACUCUUGCAUUUCGUCCUUUGACCCUUUCUGAACUCAGAGUGCUCGCUCAGUUGCCAGACGCUGCCCCAGCAACUAUUGUGCGCAAAUGCGGUUCAUUCCUAGUAGUCCAGGACGAAACAGUAUACCUUAUCCACCAGUCAGCAAAAGAGUAUUUCCAGGAAAAUUACGAAUCCAGGCUCCGUCCAACUGGGAUGUCGCAGGGGCAUGAAGACCUGGCAAUGUGUUCGAUCCAAGCCAUGUCUUCAAAUCUCAGACGAAAUAUGUACAACCUGGAUUAUGGCUUCAAGCCGGAGAAUAUUAGUCCUCCGGACCCGGAUCCCUUGGCUUCAAUACGAUACUCCUGCGUCUUCUGGGCCGAUCAUCUUAACGCCAUACAUUUGAAAAGCCUCGAGCAUAAGGAAGCUCUUAUAGAUGAUGGGGCCGUAUUGAAAUUUCUCAGGGAGAAAUUCUUGAACUGGUUAGAAAGCUUGUCUCUCCUAGGAAACCUUGCAGAGGGUGUGGAGUUAGUAAGAAAGCUUCUGCAUAUUGCCCUGAACUUAAAUGUGAAAUCCCGGCUAGUUCAAUUUCUAGAAGAGGCUGAAAAUUUAAUCCGAAGUCACGCAUCAAUUAUAGAACGAGCUCCGCUACAGGCAUAUGCCUCUGCACUAGUAUUCACCCCAACAGCAAGCGAGGUCAGGGCCGCGCAAUGGAAACAUCGGUUACCAUUCAUCGAAAGGCUGGGGGGGAUUAAAACCCACUGGGAUUCAUACCGCCAGACUCUCGAGGAGCCCAACGCCGUCGAGUCUGUAGCUUUCUCGCCUAGUGGCAAGAUGCUUGCCUCCGCGUCGUGGGGGGAUGGGACAAUUCGACUCUGGGAGGUGUCCACAGGAAGCUUAAAACAGACGCUAAAGGGACACAGUGACCGAGUUUCUUGUGUAGUCUUCUCGCCUGACGGCAAGAUACUUGCCUCUGCGUCGCAUGAUAACACUAUUCGACUCUGGGAAAUGUCCACGCAAAGCCAUAAGCGAACGCUUGAGGGGCAUAUUGAAUCGGUUAAUUGUAUAGCCUUCUCACCCGACGGCAAGAUACUGGCCUCAUCGUCAGAUGACAGGAUGAUUCGACUCUGGGAUACAGCUGUAGGAAGUUGCCGACAAACAAUCGAGGGACACUGUAAUAGGGUCAAGUCUGUAACCUUCUCACCCGACGGCAAGAUCUUAGCUUCGGCAGCAGACCAUGAACCCAUUCGACUCUAUGAUAUGGCUACCGGAGAGCACCAACAGACGCUUGAGACACACGAUGGCCUAGUUCAAUGUGCGGCUUUUUCACCUGAUGGUAGUAUACUAGCCAUAUCAUUGAACAAGAAUGCCAUCCAGCUCUGGGAUACAGACUCAUGGAGCCUGCGGCAAACUUUCUGGACAAAAUUCGUCUCUGUCUUUUCUUUAGCUUUCUCACCUGAUGGUAAGAUGCUAGCCUUUGAGGGGUCUAAUGCAGUUAUCCAGCUCUGGGAUGUAGCUACGGGGAGCAUAUGGAGCGAACUCACGGGACACAGGUUGGGAAUCAAUGGUGUCGCCUUUUCGCCUGAUGGCAUGACACUAGCCUCUGCCUCAUCUGAUCACACUAUCAGGCUCUGGGAUGUAGAUUUAACGACCCGCCAAAGAAUGAUUGAGGAGCCUAUUAACUGGACUCGUGUGAGUGCUGCGUUCAUGGCUUUUUCGCCCAAUGGCGAGAAACUAGUACUGGCUUCGAAAAAUGAUUUCCAAGUCUGGGACACAGCAACGUGGAGCUGUCAGCAAACAAUCACUCCAGUGGCCAUGGCUUAUAAACUUCUUGUAUUAUUUUCGCCUGAUGGCAAGACUCUAGCCGUGACGGGACCUGACGACGUGCAGCUCUGGGAUACGGAUACGCCCACUUGGACCUGCCGGCUGACGCAAAAGCGAGCUCGGCCAUUUAAUCCAUUUAUGGCGCCUAUUAUAGCUUUCUCACCGGAUAGCAAGAUGCUAGUGACGGCAUCACAAGAGAAGACUACCCGGCUAUGGCUGUGGGACGCGUCCUCGGGGAACACUCUGUGGACGUUACAGGGAGACGAAAUCCACUUCGUGGCAUUUUCGCCGGACGGCAAGACGCUGGCCUCGGCGUCGCAGAGCGGGAGCAUCUCACUCUGGGAUACGGCCACGCGUAGCCUCCAGCGGAAUUUGAGUUUCGAGGCAGGACGGGGCCUUUACUUGCGCCUGGCUUUCUCUCACGACAGCAAGACUCUGGCCUUGUCUUUGCUGGGCGUCAUCCUGCUAUGGAACACGACCACAUGGGAAUGCCGGGAGCUAUUCGCGGGGGCCAGCCGGCUUUCCUUGACCUUCUCGUCUGACGACGCAAACCUUUUGUCGGACUAUCAACCGAUUCGAUUGUCAUCUAUAUCAGCCUCUUCUACACAAUAUUUCGAUGAGCAUUCUUCCGAAACGUUUCUGCACUUUGACGAUGAGUGGAUAUGUCUAAAUAAAAAGCAAAUCCUUUGGCUUCCUGAGGAUUACAGGCUUUCUCCUAGUCUGGUGUCAGUACAUGGCAAUAAGAUAGCCUGGGCAAAUCGGGGUGGCCGCCUGAGUCUCUUGCAAGUGACAGGUGCAGAAGCAAUGCCAUAG